UCAGGGCAGCCACAGACUAGCAAAACACGGGCACAUAGAGACCUUUGGGAAUUUAAGCAUUCGACAAAUUGACAAGGAAGCUUCUGUUGCUGUGUAUUUGGAUUUAUAGACUGGGUUUACAUGAUGGCAGCUUUAUCCGGUGGAGAACAGUGCAUCAAAUACCUCUUAUUUAUCUUUAAUUUUAUAUUUUGGCUCGCAGGCACGGGAGUUUUGGCCGUCGGACUCUGGCUGCGUUUCGAUGAGAGAACAAAAGGACUGUUUACUUCUGAAGGCUCCCCCUCUGUGUUUUUCACAGGGGUCUAUAUUCUCAUCGCGGCGGGAGCGGUUAUGAUGGUGGUUGGGUUCCUUGGCUGCUGUGGAGCAAUAAGAGAAUCCUCAUGCAUGCUGGGACUGUUCUUUGUGUUCCUGCUCAUCAUAUUUGCAGCAGAAGUGGCUGCAGGAAUUUGGGGAUUGUCCAAUCAAGACAAAAUUGUGACUGAGGUUCAGCAGUUCUACACAGAGACGUUCAACAACUACAAAGCCACGAAACAGGAGGCUCUGAAGGAAACGCUGCGGUUGAUUCAGUAUGGAUUGAAGUGCUGUGGACCAUCAGGAACCGCAUUCGAUGGGGCCACUGAAACCUGCCCGAAAAAGGAGGGACUUGAAAACUUGGUCACCACGAGCUGCCCAGAAGCCAUCAAAGAUGUCUUCACCUCUAAGCUUCACAUCAUUGGAGGCGUUGGGAUCGGCAUUGGUGUGAUCAUGAUCUUCGGUAUGAUCUUCAGCAUGCUCCUAUGUUGUGCCAUCCGACGAACCCGGGACAUCGUAUAAGCCGUCCUUAUCCAACAGCCUGUUUUCUGCUGUGUAUUUAUCUGAUUGUGUGUGUGCGUGCAUGUGAGUGCGUGUGUGUGUUUGGAAAAUCACUCCCACUUAGUCGUCUAACAAGCCCGGAAUUUUCCAAACGCAUGAAAACUGUUACAGGCCAUGCAUACACUGGACAAGUUCUUGUGAGUCUCACCACGUCAAUGGCCUUGUCAAUUCAAUUUUAAUAUCUUUGGUGUUUAGCUUAACCAUAUAUGUUCAUCAUUUAAAUGUACUUACUAGCCACUUAAAUUUCUCUUAUGUUACAUUUUACAAAAUAGCUUAUUUAAUAAAGAACUGAUUAUUUACUUUGUGUCUGGAGAUUUGAAAUGAUAAAUAAAGUAGUUGAUAACAAA